UAUUGUUGGGUGUAUAUGGAACAUGAUGAUCAUGCUCAUAGUAUUUUCUUCAUAGAUUCUCAUUGAGUUUUCUGGUGAAAUUAAUGAAAUUCACCCGGUAACAUCCUAUAAACUUCGUGUUAAGGUCAGUUGAACAGUUGAACAGUUUAACUCAACUCAACUCUUCUCAUUUUCAUUUAUUGUUAUCACGAAACAAUAACAUCUCAUAUUAACUAAUUGUUGCGUCGAAUUUUCAUCUUUACCAAGUUCAUUCUCUCUCUUUCUCUCUCUUACUAACUCGCUCACUCCUUGUCUCUGUCUUUAUCAUCAUCGUUAUCAUUUCAUCAUAUUCAUCAUCAUCAUCGACAUCAAACACAUCAUCAUAUUCCCAAUCGUCAUAAUCAUCACCAUCAUCAUAAUCUCAAUAACCUUUCAUCUUUUUAGUCAAUAAUUUAUUUGAUUCGAUUGAGAAUCACCAAUAAAAUUGAUUUGAUUGUGAAUAAUUCAACAAAUAAUUGCAACAAUUUACUGUUAAAUUGUUAUUCUUUUCUGUGUUCAUUCAAUCAUCUAAUUACUAGUUGAACCUUUUUUUUGUUUUCUGCUUAAUGGAUUAUUAUUGAUACUUUUUGAUCAAAGUGACAAUCAUCAAGUUUACAGUUUACUACAAUUGAUUCAAAUUAGACUAAAAAACUUUCAUUCCAAUUAAAUCAAAAUCAUCAUCAUGUUACUUUGGAUUCGAAUUAUUUUAUUUCUUAUUCUCACAUUUUCGACUAAAUUUUCUUAUGGACAAACUAAAAGAGAUUAUGAAGACCAAUCAAAUUUACCUGAAUGUUCCCAUGAUUAUUCUGUGUGUGGUUAUGUUGAACUGAACAACAUGGGAAUCAGUUCACAAAGUAUUUGUCAAUGUAAAGAUUUCAUCUCAUGUCCUGAAUCAUUUGAUCGUUUCGAUGGACGAACUUUGUCUCAUGGAUUAAAUCAGUAUAAGUAUUGCCAAGAAGCUCCUCGUUUAAAAAAAUGUUCGCAUGAUGAAAUUGUCUAUAGUUCGAUCAUCGAGUAUGAUGAGAAUUUCCAACUGAUCAACAGUGACAAUCGAAUUCACUGUGAAUGUCCACCAAGACAUAUUUUUGUACGAAAUUCAACAAAUACUCACACAAGGCCUAAUGGAGAAACGAUCAUUAAAACUCUAUUGAAAUGUUCAUUGCCUAAAAUCUGUAAACCUCAAGAAAACUGUAUGACAAUUAGUCAAUCAUCUCAUUCGACAUUUAUUAAGAAAUUAUGUAAUUGUCCAAUGGAUUCAUUUUGUCCAACGGACACUCGAUAUGCCGCUGAAGUCAUGGACUUUACUAAAGGAUCAGCAUUUUCAAUGAAUUGUAUUUAAACAAUAAACAACAUUACAAUUAGUAUAAUAACGAUAAUAAUAAUAAUAAUAAUAUUGAUAAUUUCAUCUCAAUCAUAUUUUAAUCAUCUAAAACCAUCCAAAUCACACAUCAUCACCACGUCAUUUUCGGACAAAAUCAGUAAUCGACUCUCUUGAUUUUUAAUUGUCUUCAUAAACAUAAUCAUCUCCAUCAUUUAUCUGUACUCAUAAUCAAUCAUUUUCAACGCAAAAGUUAAAUAUUAUAAAGUAAAUUAAUUAAACUGUUUCUCGUUUUAAUCAAUAAUUUGUAUUGAAUUUAAUUCAAUCUCUUUCCUAAUCUAUCUGACAAAUUCGUUUCCUAGACAAUCAUCACUAAUCCUCCUCUCUAAUCUUUGCAAUAAUCACUAUUAUCCCUUGUUUACAAUUAAAACUUAAUCAUCUCACCUAA